AUGGCUGCAACUUCGGCAGUUUCUAUGGCUAUGCCAUUGACAAACGCAGUAGGCCAGAAGAAGUUUCCAAGCUCCGAGGCAUUCCUCAAGCCACUCCCGUUGAGGCCCUCUAAGGCCAUGGCUGCGGCACCAAGAUCGAGCGGAAAGCUCGAAGUCAGGGCUUCUCUGAAGGAGAAGGCAGUGACUGGUUUGACUGCGGGGUUGAUGACGGCCUCGAUGGUGAUCCCUCAGGUGGCAGAGGCAGCCGAUUCUGGAGUUUCUCCUUCGCUCAAGAACUUCUUGCUUAGCAUUGCAGCUGGUGGUGUUGUAGUGACAGCCAUCAUCGGAGCUGUGAUCGGUGUAUCCAACUUCGAUCCAGUUAAACGGGGCUGAGCUUGAGGGAGAGGAGACACUUUCUUCACCUUUUAGUUUGUUAUUGAGAGAAUUAUGCAAAAAAUUCUUAAUUUUUCGUUUAAAAUGUAACCUGUUUGUGUAAUGUAAUAGUGUCUCUUUCUUUCUGUGUU